AUGAACGAUGACUUCGACGUCACCGACCUCCCCCCCGAGAAGGCCGGGACCGCGCUCGACCGCCGCGACAUGGCCCGCAUGGGCAAGGUCCAGGAGAUGCGCCGAAACUUCAGCUUCAUCCCCAUCUUCGGCUUUGCCGCCGUCCUGAUGAUUACCUGGGAGGCGGUCUUCAACUCUGCCAGUUAUGUCAUCAUCAAUGGUGGUCUGGCGGGUAUGGUCUGGAUGUACAUCGUUACCUUUUUCGGUUUCGGCGCGGCCAUUCUUGCGAUGGCUGAGAUGGCGUCUAUGGCGCCGACGUCUGGAGGUCAAUAUCACUGGGUCUCUGAAUUCGCCCCCAAGUCGUAUCAGAAGAUCAUGAGUUACAUCGUUGGCUGGUAUUGUGUCCUCGGCUGGCAAGCUGGGAUCGCGGGACAGUGCACGACUGUCGCUUUUCAGAUCAUCGGGAUGAUCGCGCUCAACAACGAACAGUACAUGGAAAAUGAUUUCAGAGAGUGGCACGUCGUGCUGCUCACCAUCGCCGUGGUCACCGUCGCCGUCGUCUUCAACAGCUUCUUUGCUCGCAAACUCCCCUUGGUGGAGGGACUCGUGCUCGUUUUGCACGUCUGCGGUUUCUUCGCCAUCCUGAUCCCGUUGUGGGUGUUUGCUCCUCGCAACUCCAGCUUGGACGUUUGGACAAACUUCUCUCAACUGGAGGACCCUGAGAACCCCGGCGGGACCUGGUCCUCUAUUGGGCUCGCAUGCCUGGUCGGUCUCAGCAGCUCCAUCUAUGCAUUGAUCGGCCCCGACUCUUGCGUCCACAUGGCCGAAGAAGUCAAAGAUGCGUCCCGCACCAUCCCAUGGGCCAUGGUAUCCACCCUCAUCUUCAACGGCCUGACCGGCCUCAUCAUGGUGAUAUCGUUCGCCUACUGCAUCGGGCCCCUCGACGUCGCGCGCAACCCCCCGACCGGCUUCGCCUUCAUCGGCACCUUCUACAACGCCACCGGCAGCAAAGCCGGCGCGACCAUCAUGACGGCCAUCAUCACCGUCCUCAGCCUGUGCAGCGCCAUCUCCAACGUCGCCACCGCCUCCCGCCAGAUGUUCGCCUUCGCCCGCGACCACGGCCUCCCCUUCGACCGCUACCUCGCCUACGUGCGGCCGGGCUGGGACAUCCCGGUGAACGCGGUGUGCGUGAGCUUCUGCAUCACCUCGCUGCUCAGCCUGAUCAACCUGGGCAGCGCGAACGCCUUCAACGCGAUCCUCUCCAUCGGCGUCGUCGCCCUGCUGACCUCCUACCUGACCUCCAUGUCCUGCAUCCUGAUCAAGCGCCUCCGCGGCGAGGAGCUGCUCCCGCGCCGCUGGAGCCUGGGCAAGACCUUCGGCAUCCUGUGCAACUCCGUCGGCCUCGCCUACAUCGGCCUCGCCUUCGUCUUCGCCUUCUUCCCCCUGAGGAAUAACCCCGACGCCAACCAUAUGAACUGGGCGAGCGCGGUCUACGGCGGCGUCGGCAUCCUCGCGGCGGGCUGGUAUCUCGUCUCCGCGAGACAUACGUACGUCCCGCCCGUGUCGCGGUUGAUGAAGGAUCUUUGA